AUGUUGCUUGAUGUCCAAUAUACAAGAUUUAUGGCUGCGCCUACUGUUAUGAGUGUGGAAAUGAACUAUUUUGAUUGGAAUAUUUCCUCCCCCGCGAUAACUCUGUGCCCGCAUUACAAAACAGAUAUCAUGAAGCUGGUAAAUUUUGUAAAUGAGACUUACAAAGCAACGGAGUUCCAAUCAUUUGCCUACUUUUGGGCCAUAACAACUUCUGCUUUAGAUAAUUUAGAGCAUAUGGAUUUGUCUGUGCCUGAAGAUAUUAAACUCUCAGUUGAUCCAAAAGAUUAUGCCACAAUAGCGGCUUCAAUGUUUAAGAAAUUCGAAAACAAUGUUUUCACCACCAAUAACAAGUGGUUGCUUUCCAUCGAACCAGCAAUGACUGAAAUGGGAAUGUGUUAUGUGAUUAAUUCCAACGUUGCAGUAUACGAUGUGCCUCGAAAAACGAAUGCACCGGUUCCAGAAUAUGUUAAAAAAAACAUUGAUCUAUCGUUAUACGAUAUCGACUUUUUUACCGUAUUUACCAACUAUAAAGAUAUUUAUAAGGUUUUCAUUCAUAGUCCUGACGAUAUUUCUAUGACUACAACCUCAUCAUUCCUUUUUGAUGUGGAGGGAGCUAUGUCGUUUGGUUUAUCAGUACAGACCACUAGAAUUUCGGAUGAACUGCGAUAUACAUCUCUACAAUUGCGAAAGUGCAGAUUCACUAAUGAGCCUAUUAGUAAGCGAUAUCCAAUUUAUUCACACAGCCAUUGCAUAAUGGAAUGCAGGAUUAAAAUGAUCCAAAGAUUAUGCGGUUGUGUCCCUCAUUUCUACAGAACAUUAGAUAAUGAGCGCAUUUGUUACAUCAACGAGCUACAGUGCGUUUUGUAUCACAGAAAAGAAAUAGUAAAAUUGUCAACAUUAAAAGAAACAUUGAAGAAAUUUAAUCAUCACAAGGAUCUACCAAUUACAUCAAGGGAUUGCGGUUGCCUUAACACUUGCGAACUGGACUUAUAUUAUAGAGAUCAUGAGAACUUUAAACAGCAGUCUGGAAUAAGAAUCAUGAAAAUUAAAAUAACAUCUUUUCCAAAAGUACGAUUUGUGCGAGACAUUAUUUUUAACUUCUAUGAUAUCAUCUUGAGAAUUGGCGGCGUCGUAAAUUUAUGCAUUGGCAGCUCAAUAAUAUCCCUGGUGGAAAUAUUAUUACUAAUAUUCAAUCGCCCCAAAAAUGAUAUUUCUCACUUCUCAUCCCGAGACAGUCAUCAUUCUGAUUUAGAAAUGCAAUUCCCACAUGCAAUAAUGGCAAAUGUGAAAGGUGACGAAAAACAAACUAUGCUUUUCGACUAA